CUUUUAUCACUUGAGUUGAGUUGAAUCCUGAACUGAGAGGAGGAAUUUAGUUUGCAGAGCCGGGAACAUGGACUACAUUAUCAGGGAUGCCAAACCGGAAGAUUGUGUGGAGAUUAUGCGCCUUAUUACGGAACUGGCAGAAUAUGAAAAACUACCAGAACAAGUCCAACUGGAUGCUGAAAGUUUAAGAGAAGAUGGUUUUGGUACUACUAACCCAUUCUACAAGUGCCUUGUAGCAGAACUAACAUCGGGCCAUAAAACCAAAGAAGGCCAUACACUUGUCGCGUAUGCAAUGUAUUACUUCACCUACAGUACAUGGCUGGGAAGGUCCAUCUAUGUCGAAGAUAUCUAUGUUAUGCCAGAAUGCAGAGCGAAAGGUAUUGGACAUGGAUUAUUACAAAAAAUAGCCAAGAUUGCCGUUGAGCAGAAAUGCAAAUACCUUCAGUUAGUGGUACUGGACUGGAACAAGCUUGCCACAGAAUUCUACAUAAGACGAGGUUGCACAGAUCUGACAACAAAGGAGGGCUGGAGCUUAUUCCGCUUUGAACUGGAUGCUUUGAACAAAUUAGCAGAGGGAGACGACAGAAACUAAAGUGUAUGCUUUCCUGUGCAGAACUGGCAGAGGAAUUAGCAAUGUAGCCAUUUAUUACAAUGUAUGGAAACUUGCCCUUUUUGUAUUAGAAAGGAAAAUGAGAGCCAUUUGUUUUAGUAGUUUAUAUAAAGGGUUAUGUACUUCACCUCGCGUAACGGAAUGUUCCAACUGUUAAAUCCUGCUGUAGUGUCAGAGCACAAUGUUCUUUAUAGAUUACUGAUCAAUAUUUUAAACUUUAAAACUAAGUUAAGACAUUCCAUGGUGUAACUUGGAGAACUGUCAGUGUUUUAUUUAAGACACCAGGCAACCUACCUUUCGUCUGUAAUGUUUUUUCACAGAAAAUGGUGAAUGCAAGGUUAGUUAACCCUUCAUUGUAGAAAGGAAAUGACUGGGGUUUGGACAAGCAAUCAUUCACUAUAAAAAUAGGCACCUAGAGAUGGCUAGUCCUUUGAAAAGGUUAAGAUUAUAAAACAAAUAAUGGCUGCAGUCUUGCAAUAAAGCAAUCCAGUGAAAAAUACAA